AUGGAGUUCCACCCUGGAGCCCACGCCCAUGGAGGAUCUGAGGUGAUGAUCUCCAGGAUGACAACCCGGGCCUUGGGCAAAUCUUGCACCCGCAAACGUGUGGUCUUGUGCUCCGAGCAGCUUGAAAGUAAGGCCACCGGAUCAGGCAAAGAAGCUUGUUCCUCCACAGAAAGAGUGAUUGAUAGUGGAAAAAUUGCAUAUGAUGAUGCAUGGCAGCCCAUCAUGACUGGUUCUUUGCGCCUUUAUCUGUGCUGCACUGAUCUGGAGCCAUGUGGGGGAUACUUGCAUCAACGACCAGCAGGAUGGCUCAGGGGUGCCAUGAUUUGGGUAACAGGAGUAGCCCCUUGCAGAUACCUUCACCCAGAAUAG